CCGCCUGCAACAUUCACUUUGUACUCGUGUCUUUCCUCUUACAACCCCGUGCAUCAACGAGACAGCGUCCAUUCCUUUGGGCCAAACAGGACUAGCCUAUAUGCCGCAUCACCGCAUCCUCUUCGUUGACGCAUACGAUUCUUUCUCCAAUUCGAUCAUAGCACUUCUACGUGCGACAUUACCAGUCACUGUCGAGUGCAUACGAAUCGAUGACUCUCGCUUCCUCCUCAACGACGAGGCAUUUUUCACAUACCUCCAUGGCUUUGACGCGGUAGUCGCAGGACCUGGACCUGGUCACCCGGCCAAUGCUCGGGAUGUCGGACUCAUAGAGAAACUCUGGUCAUUGCCUGACCGGCAUGUACUGCCUGUACUUGGAAUAUGUCUCGGCUUCCAGAGUCUCUGCCUGGCAUUUGGUGCCAAGGUGGACCGCUUGAAGGAACCUAGACAUGGAAUUAUGGCCAUUAUCACACACUGCGGGAAGGACAUCUAUGCUGAGACAGGAAAGGUAGUCGCGACCCAAUAUCACUCACUCCAUGUGAACUUACAGAGACCCGGCGUGGGAGAUGAAUGGGGUGCCUGGGAUCUCUGGAAGCCGUCCGAGAAGUGCGAAGGAUUGAUUCCUUUGGCCUGGAGUCUGAUGAAUGUUGCCAAUGGACCAACCCUCAUGGGAGUCAAACAUGCUCAGAAGCCAUUUUGGGGCGUGCAGUAUCAUCCCGAGUCUGUUUGUACGAACAAGGACGGCCAGAAAUUGAUACAGAAUUGGUGGCAAGCAGUAUGCGACUGGAAGGGCCAUGAUUCUGGAUUACCUUCGCCGAUCGAUACUCAGCUGGAUGCCACGAGUGAUGAUAGUUCUGCGGAAACGACACAGCCUGGACAAUCGCAUCUCAGGGUCAACUGGGUCACGCUCAGAACCUUUGGCUCACACGAUGUAGCAACGAUGGUGGAGAUGCUGAAGAGAGAAGAUAUCUGCCAGGAACCACUUGUCCUUGAAUCUGGCAGCCGUGGCGGUAAGCCUGUCAAUUCCGAGACUGGUCGUUUCAGCAUCAUUGGUUUGCCCGACGCUUUUCCCAACCAGAUUCGAUAUUCCACCACGAGUCGGUCUUUGGAAGUCAUUACUGAGAACCAGGUCGUCUCACGCCGAGAAGCUUCAAUCGGAACAGCCUUCGAGUACGUGGAUGAGGUCAUGAAAGCCAAUAAAGUCGGGACUGGCGCGCCCAAUUCACCAUUCUGGGGCGGUUUUAUUGGGUUUGUCUCAUAUGAAGCAGGCUUGGAGUCCAUCAAUGUCUCGUCAGCGGGGGCAAAUCCAUUGCAUCCGGAUCUGUGGUUCGUUUUCGUUGACCGGAGUGUCGUGAUUGAUCAUGUUGAGGGCACGGUGUAUAUCCAAACCAUCCGAGAAGAUGACGAGAGCUGGAUCGAUCUGAUAAAGGGCAACCUUAAACGCCGUAUGGGUUACAAUGCUCAAGCACCUGCAUCAAUACCUACUGCUGUCGGCGCAAAACUCAUGGCUGGUCCCCAAAGGGAGGAAUAUUGCAACAAAGUCGCAGAAUGCCAAUCGAAUCUGCGAGCCGGAGAGUCGUAUGAGUUGUGUCUGACCGAUCAGUCCAUCAUCCAAACAUCUGCCGACUCUUGGACCAUGUACAAACGGCUCCGUCACCGCAAUCCCGCUCCGUUUAGCGCGUAUCUCCGAUUACAAGCUGGUUCCGCUCCUGGUCUCUCGGUCGUUGGCAGCAGUCCGGAGCGCUUUCUUUCGUGGUCUCGAGGUGGAAAGUGCCAAUUUCGCCCAAUCAAGGGAACAGUGAGGAAGAGCCCAGGUGUUACUCGCGCCAAAGCAGAGGAGACCCUUGGUUCUGCGAAAGAAAGAGCUGAGAACUUGAUGAUUGUUGACCUGAUUCGGCAUGAUUUGGCCGGUGUUGCUGGGGUCAGAGAAGUUCGGGUGCCGAGACUGAUGUCUGUGGAGGAGUAUGAAACAGUAUUCCAACUCGUAUCGGUGGUCGAAGGUGACAUGGAAGGUGGUGUCUCUGGUGUCAGUGCUCUCGCAGCAUCGUUGCCACCUGGUUCUAUGACUGGUGCUCCGAAAAAGCGUUCUUGCGAGCUCCUGAAAGAAAUCGAAAAAGGUCAGCCUCGUGGCUUGUAUAGUGGUGUGCUCGGAUAUAUCGACGUAGGUGGAGGUGGUGACUUCUCGGUGGUAAUUAGAACUGCUUUCAAGUGGGAUGAUGAGGGAAAUAGAUGGCGCGUCGGUGCUGGAGGUGCCAUCACCGCGUUGAGCGAAGUCGAAGCAGAAUGGGAGGAAAUGGUCACCAAGCGAGAGAGUGUGAUCAAAUCACUCGUGUAGAUUCAGUCAGAGCUCUGUUUUGUUGUCAGCGUUAUGAUACCUGUGAAUUCAACAUCAUGUCCAAAGUCUGCAACUUACUACCG